CCGUGACGCGGACGGCGAGCUUCCGGUCUGAGGAACCGUCGCGUCUGUGAGACGCCUCCGGAGCGAGCGCCGCCGCGGUCAGCAGCGUCGGGAGCCGUGCGCUCCCCUGGGCCCGGUCAGCAUGGGGGCCGUCCUGGGCGUCUGCUCCCUCGCCAGCUGGGUCCCGUGCCUGUGCAGUGGGGCAUCAUGUUUGCUGUGUAGCUGCUGCCCCAACACUAAAAAUUCCACGGUGACUCGCCUCAUCUAUGCUUUCAUCCUCAUCCUGGGCACCGCUAUCUGCUGUAUCAUGCGCACUGGCACGUUGGACGCUCAGCUGAAAAAGAUUCCUGGAUUCUGUGAAGGGGGAUUUAAAAUCGAGACAGACAUACUAAAAGAAGAAAAAAGCUGUGAUGUGCUGGUGGAUUAUAAGGCUGUCUAUAGGAUCAGCUUCUCUUUGGCCAUUUUUUUCUUUGUGUUUUUUUUGCUUAUGUUAAAAGUAAAAACAAGUAAAGAUCCCAGAGCAGCAAUACACAAUGGGUUUUGGUUCUUCAAAAUUGCUGCUAUCGUUGGUAUCAUGGUUGGUUCUUUCUACAUUCCUGGGGGCCAUUUUACCACAGCCUGGUAUGUUAUUGGUAUAAUCGGGGCCUUCUGCUUCAUCCUCAUCCAGCUGAUACUCUUGGUAGACUUUGCUCACUCUUGGAAUGAAUCGUGGGUAAACCGAAUGGAAGAAGGAAACCGCAGGUGUUGGUAUGGCGCCUUACUGUCUUUCACGAGCUUGUUUUACAUCCUGUCGAUCGCCUUGGUCACGGUGCUCUACACGAUGUACACCAAGCCGGAUGGUUGCACGGAGAAUAAGUUCUUCAUUAGCAUCAAUCUGAUCCUCUGCAUUGCGAUUUCUGUUCUGUCAAUCCUUCCCAAAAUCCAGGAGCACCAGCCGCGUUCCGGUCUGCUACAGUCCUCCAUCAUCACACUCUACACCAUGUACCUGACGUUGUCGGCCAUGUCCAACGAGCCUGAUCAUCACUGCAACCCCGGCCUGUUGAACAUCAUCACACAUAUAACUGCACCAAGCCUGGCGCCCGGGAAUUCCACCACACCCGUCCCGAUCGAUGCUCCCUCCACCAACACCAGUCAUUUCCUGGACACUGAGAGCUUUUUGGGGCUGUUUGUUUUUGUUGUCUGUCUCUUGUAUUCGAGCUUCCGUAACUCCAGCAAUAGCCAAGUGACCAAGCUCACCCUGUCAGGCAGCGACAGCGUCAUCCUCAAUGAGACACCACUCACGGGCGCCGGGGAUGAAGAGGAGGGCCAGCCGCGGCGGGCUGUGGACAACGAGAAGGACGGAGUGCAGUACAGUUACUCCGCCUUCCACCUCAUGCUCAGCUUGGCCUCCCUGUACAUCAUGUUGACCUUGACUAACUGGUACAGCCCUGACACACAGUUCCAGAGCAUGACCAGCAAGUGGCCAGCAGUGUGGGUCAAGAUGAGCUCCAGCUGGGUCUGCCUCGCCUUGUACGUCUGGACCCUGGUGGCCCCCCUCGUCUGCACCAACCGAGACUUCAGCUGAACCUCAGGAGGCUUCCCCAAGGCUCCCUCUGCUGAAAGCCCGUCUCCUUUUACGUUUGCUUCAACUAAAAUAUUGAGCGAAUGCUUAGCAAACUUGACUGUAUCCAACUUUCUAUCAGAGGACAGGCGUGAAUAAUGCUUGAUGCAGGACCUGAAGUUGUCAUUUAUAUGUAUAUGAUGUUCAUUUGUAAGGAUUUAGUGCAGAGAGAACAUUUUUAAAGUGAUCUACAGCUGUGCUGUGGUGAGAGUUCUUUAUUUAGAUCUAUUGGUUCUACAACUUUGAUUUUAAAAACGUAAGAUAUAAAAAUGUUGGAUAUUUGAGGCCAUCAUUAAUAUAUUUCUAUUGCAGUCUCCUUAAGAGGCAAAAAAGAAAAAGCAUUUCUAUGCCAGUUUCCUUGUGAAAGUCUUUCUCUACUGUGUAAUGUAACUCUGUUCAUCCCUUCAGUGCUUGAUUGAGGUAAUACUUGGGGGACAGAGGAUGUGUGUGGGUCCUUCUGUGGAAGGGGGUGCUGUCGAGAUGGCUGCUGCUUUGACAUCUAGGGGUCUUUAUUUACAUUUUUCUACUAUGGCAGUGAUAACAUUAGAUUCAGGUCUAUGGCUUUGCCAGAAAUGUUAUAUCAAUCCAUGCUUUAUAGGUUUGGUCGAAAUGAUUCACUCGGGCAAGCAGUGCACCUUUGGUCUAUGUAAUUAUCUUGUUACAAGUAUGUACACACAAAAUGCAUGUGAAUCAUUAUAUUUGCACUAUGAAGGCAUUUGAUUAAAAUCGAAAGACUUAAGUAUGA